AUGAUCCCAAUACGACCGUUCCGAAAGGGCGAGUCGCGUACAACCAAAAUCGAUCAAUCAGGCUUAUUCUCAUUCGUCACCUACAGUUGGGUAUUCCCCUACUUAUGGGCUGCUUUCAAGGGACGUUUGAGUCAGGAUCAAACAUGGAAUUGCAGUAUUUAUGAUUCGUCAACAGUCAAUAUGGCCAGAUUAGAGUAUUUAUGGAAUCAAGAAUUGGAGCAAAGGCCAUCCAAACCAUCGUUAUUCCGUGUCAUCUGUGUGUUUAUUAAGACACGAAUUGCGGUCGCAUGUCUUGUGUUUUCGUUCUGUCUUGUAUUCGGUUUUAUUGGACCAACUUGUUUCGUUGAAUUUGCACGUGUUUUAUCUUAUGGCGGCACUUGGGCCAUCAGCUACCGUACUGGUAUUCGAGUGCGUGGUGCCCUUUUGGCUCUUUUGUACAAAAAACUGAUCAACAUUGUUAACGUUUACGCGAAUGAUGCACAACGAUUAUUCGACGCGGUCACAUUCACUCCGUUAGUGCUUGUGGGGCCGUUGGUUCUGAUCGGAGGCAUCAUCUAUCUUUUAUGCAUUAUUGGUCCUUGGUCAUUGCUUGGUAUUUUGACGUUUCUCUUAUUUGAUGUGUUCCAGUUUGCUCUCGGCAAAACGAUGGUUCGAUUUCGAGCAUCAGCAAUCAAAAAGACUGAAAGACGAAUAAAUUUAAUGGGUGAAAUAAUUCGGUGUAUUCGAGUGAUCAAAAUGAAUUGUUGGGAGGAAACAUUCACUGAGAAGAUUGAAGGUUUGCAAAUUAUUCUCAUAUGA